AAGAAAUGACAGACGUCCACGCCUACAUGGACUGGUCCAUCAUGUUAUGGAAGGAGCCGGAUCUGGGAUACAGUGACCACAAGUUUGUGAUGACAGAGGCUCGGUACCAGGGCGUAAUGACACACGUCCAGUAAAUACAGCGGAUCGUGCCACCAUGGAGUAGUCCGUAUAUGCGUUAUAGUGCACACACAUACACAUUUAUGUUAUCGGGCACCUGCUUUCGUCAGUCGACAGCCAUGCCAGCCAUUCGAAGUCUGUGCGUUUCUUCUCUCCUUGUAUUUGUCCUCCUGGAGUUAACCGUCUCUCAGGAUAUUCAGGCGUUUUAUCAAGGUAAAUGUCCAGAGGAGAAGGUCUGUGAUCACUCCUGUAUACCUAUAGACAAUGGCUACUUCUGUACUUGUAAAGAGGGAUACAUGCUCAGCACCAAUGGCUUCUCCUGCCUCGAGAUUCCUGGCAUUAAUGAUGGCCCUGUUGUAGACGAGGUGCUCAACUCAGGCUCAUCAUCACCAUCCUCAUCUGCCUUCAUUUCAUUGUCAUCUUCUGAGCAACUUGUGAUAAAACCUGCUGGACAGAUCAAUCAGAAAGAUCAAACUGGACAUGCAAAUGACCAAACAAAUUCCCUGUCUCAGGACAAUGACCAUGACAUGGCACUUAACACAAAUGACCACAUUGUGGCAGAAAUGUUUGACCUCAAAGAAAAAACAGUAAAAGACACUAAUGGUGAUGUGGUACAAGGUGUGGGAGCACCUUUGUCUCUGGUCCAUCGACCUACCUGUCAUGGCGUCCUCUGCCAAAAUAAUGGUACUUGUGUGUUGGAUGGGAGUAUUGUGCGAUGUAACUGUCCUAUAGGCUCUUCAGGACGUAGGUGUGAAAAACAAACAGUGGUGCGGUUUCCCAAGUUCCUUGGAAAUGGUUACCUUGCACUUCCUGUACUGAAGACUGGCUACAAAGAAUUUGAUAUCCAGAUAGACUUCAAACCACAGGCCAACAACGGUUUACUACUGUUCACAGCUGAGAACACCAACACCAAGUCUGAUUUCUUUUCCAUUACUCUCAUCAAUGGAUAUGUGGAGUUCAGGUAUGAUUGUGGAACAGGACCAGCCAUUUUGAGAAGUAAAGUACAAGUCACCAUGGGCAACUGGAACAGAGUACAUGCCCGUAGGGUGGAUAACGAGGGCUCUCUCCGACUCAACGAUGGAGAGAUGGUUGUUGGAUUCUCCAAGGGUGCAUACUCUCGGAUCACACUGAGACUACCAGUGUAUGUUGGCGGUUACAGGAACAUGACUGCCAUGUUACCACGAGUUGGGAUCACAAAACCCUUCGUUGGCUGUGUCCAGGAAAUCGUCAUCAAUGAGUACCGAUAUGAUCUGAGAAAACAGGAAUUAGUGGGUGAUACAAUGUUUGGCCUCAACGUAGGCGAGUGCAGUGAGGGGGUCUGUGACCAGGUUCAGUGUGCAAGGGGAGGUAAAUGUGUCGCAAAGUCAGCUGACCAGCACAUCUGCCUGUGUCCCCUUGGAACAGGGGGAGAGAACUGUCAGUAUGAAAUCAGUGUAAGUAUCCCAGAGUUUGGUGGUCAUUCCUAUCUACAACAUAACGGACUUGGUCGCUCCACGCUAUCCUACACGCAGAUAGAGAUUGUCUUCAAACCCACAAGUCGUGAGGGAACCUUGCUAUAUAAUGGUUUCACACUGGACAGAAAGGGUGAUUUCCUCUCAUUGGCCAUGAAGGAAGGUCAUCUGGAGUUCUGCUUUGACCUUGGCACAGGACCAGGAGUGAUCAGGAGUGUAGAGGAAGUGAGUCUGGGCCAGUGGCACUGGGUGCGUGUGUCUCGUACAGGUCUGCGAGGUGUGAUGGAGGUGGAUGAGCAACCGCGUGUGGAAGGGGUGUCACAAGGAGCGUUCACUCAACUAACUUUGCUCCAGGACCUGUAUAUUGGGGGACACAGGAACUAUGACCACACUUCUCGCCUUGCCAACCUGACCACAUCAUUUCAGGGCUGUAUACAAAAGGUGAUCAUCAAUGAACAGCCUCUACAACUACUGGAGGAUGCUUCUGAGGGUGUCAACAUAGAGGGCUGUGAACAUCCUUGUCUAGGCGAGCCCUGUAUGAAUGGUGGGGAGUGUGUUCCAGACCGGGAUGUCUAUCAGUGCUUCUGUCCUCUUGGCUAUGGCAAUACCAAUUGCGAGGAAGAGAUUGAGAAGACUGUUUAUGUGCCCAGAUAUAAUGGUCACAGUUUUCUGCUAUAUACGGGCCGAAGCAUCAACAAAAGAGUGAGUGGUUCUAAAAUUGACAUUCAGCUGACGUUGAAGCCAGAGAGUGCAAAUGGUCUGAUUCUGUGGAGUGGACGAGACCAGCCAAUCACAUCGAACAGUGACUAUCUUGCCCUUGGCUUUGUCAAUGGUGCCUUGCAGUUUCGCUACAACCUUGGUAGUGGAGAGGCUGUCAUCUCCUAUAAUGACACACGCCUGUAUGAUGGUGCAUGGCACACCAUCAGGGCCCAACGUGAUAAACAAGAUGGAUUCCUGGAGGUGGAUGAGACCGAAAUAGUGGAAGGAAGCUCUCCAGGCAGCUAUACAAUGCUAAACACCAACAAAAUGUUGUAUAUAGGGGGUUUGCCUAAUGUUUCACAAAACACCCUGAGAAAGUUUACACAGGGAUUCGAUGGCUGUAUUGCAAGCCUGAUGCUUGGUGAAGACUAUGACGUACGGCUGGUGGAGGAGGCACAGAAUGGAAGAAAUAUACUGCCCUGCCGGACAGAGUCAUGAUAGGGCACAGCGAUGAAACCAGUCAGGUGAGCCUCUUGUAUAGAGUGCUUACUGAUGUGGACAUGGUGAAUUACAGUAUUAUGUGAUAUAAAGACUUAAGUUCCUGUAUCAGGUUCCAUCAAGAAGGGAGAAACCAUUGCCUCUCUUUUUACCUGCUGAUAAAUCACCUCAGGUGUAAUGAGGACUCAAGUGUUACUAUAUAUAGUGCUGGAUAUGUAGGUACAGCAAAGAGGAAUGUACCGCCAUAAUCUAUGUAUAUAGGUGUACACAUAGGCAUAAGAAUCAGAUACUAUUUUGACUGUGUUAAUUUCUACAGAUUGUUGACAUUACCAGAAGGAUUCAAACAAUUUUUGAAAAUAAAGUUGAAAAACAAGUUAUGUUGAAGAGGGAGAAGAGCCAGAAAAUAUGUUAUUCCACAAAAACCAAGGCACUAGAAAUUGAGAAUCAGUGUUAAUCUAUAGAGGUCAGUGUCAUUUUAUGAUAGUUCUUACUCGCAUUCAUUUCCACUCAUUUUUGUCCGUCACCAAUUGAAUGGGUAAACUUACAGGAGUUAUUUCCUAUUAUGUGGUAAACGACAGAAAAUAACUGGUUUGUACGAGUUACCUCCCAUUAUAUGGGAACAGACAUAAAUACUUUGUACGAGUUACCUCCCAUGAGCAAGUGAUUGUAUCUCAUUCCUCAUUCUUCAGAAAGUUUAAGGUUAUCAUUUGAGUUUUUAUACAUUUAAGAUAGAUUUAUUGUUGAGACAAGCCACGGAAAUAGAAUUCAUAGUGGCGAGGAGAAAAUUGUUCACUUUUUUAUACAUUGAAAACUUUUUGAGGUAAUAGUGAUGUGUUACUGGGACCACUCUAAUCGGAAAAUUUUAAUUUGCUCAAACAUAAAACCAAAUUUAGAUGUUAUUUUAUUAUUUCUUAGCUAAUCAAUUUGACAAUUUUGAUGCCGGGACAUUUAAAUUGAAGUAUUGACAUUACAGUGUAAUCAAUAUGAUGAUUUAGCUACACAGAGGGAAGUUGAUGUAGGGUUCAUCAAACAACAGGGCUUGGCUUUGGAAGUCAAGGAAAUCAUCACAAUCAUCAUCAACAUCAUCAACAUCAUCAACAUUUGUACAUAGCUCCUUUGUAUGUUGUUAACUAACCAGACUUGUUUGAUCAUGUCACCUUACAUAAUCUGAACAAUUAUUGUAAUGUUUAUUAAAAUAUGUACCAGAGCUAUUGUUGUUAAUGGGACCAAAGGGAGAUAACUAUGGUGACUAGGAAAGGUACAGGAGUAAACCGGAAUAAAAGUUAAUGUAGGAAGACAGAGGCGACAUGUUCUGCUAGAGGUUUACACUGUUACUUACAAAGGAUUGGUCAAAGCUGUUUCUAGCUACACAAAAUAUACUUACAAUAUAUAAAUUUUACUGUGACACAGAUAUUUAUGUUUGUAAUCAUGUGUGUGUUUAUCAUUUUCUGAGAACAUUUAAAUGUUAAACAUAAUUAUCGUAUGAAGUUACAAUCAGUACCUGAUGCUGAUUCCAAGCUUCUUUGUCACCCUGUAACUUGGAAACAUUGGACUGGUCAGAUUUGACUACAUACCAAUUCAGUCAGCAUUGAUGAAAAGCUUCGGAAGAAGACGUAAGCUUUCAUAAUUUUCAAGCCAUUCAUACUGUAUGUUGACUGUGUACUGUUUAACCACAUUCCCCCUCCCCCUCCCCCCACUCUCUCUCUCUCCCUCUUUAGAAUUUACUUAGCUCAGGGGCUAUACUACCGUUGUCAUUUGUGGUAGAUCUGCUGAGGACAUAUACCUAUAUAACAAGUCGACAGCCUGCUCAGGGGAUCUGUAUGCUCAUGGAAGGGUUGUUAAGCCCCAACAUUUUCGAAACUGUCUAUCUGGUGCAUAGAAUUGUCAAGCUGUGUUAUUUCAUUCCUUUUAAUUACAAAAUGCAGUGUCUCAUUAUUUGCAGAAAUCUUCCGUACAGAUUUGUGAGGAGGGAUGGUGGUGGUAAUCAGAAACAGUGUUAGGUAUUACUAGUAACAUUUCCAGAAACUAAAGGAGAGAAAUGUUUCUUAGAUUGAUGUCCUUUCUUUCUUUAUAUGGUAGUUAUAAUUUAUAUACAUGGGGAAAUAACAUGUUUUAGUGAUUUGACACAGUAAUACAUCAUAGAUAAGUAUUUAAUAAACAGAAUAUAGAAAAUAGUGAUAUAGGCCUAAUGUCAAUCAAAUAUCCAAUUAAGUAUAUAAUUACAGGUUUCUUUGAGACAAAGAAAUAAUCUGGUUGUGCAAUUUUAUUCUUUCCAGCAAAGUUUGCAAUGAUGCCUUCUUAAUCUGAAUGUCAAUCUCUUUGAAGUUCAAUUACUGCUUUUUAUGCGAUGCUAAUACUGUUUGUCUUAUAACACUGACAAUUUAUUAAUGAGACAUUCAAUUUGAAGAGGUUUCACUGUAUUUCAGGUUUCUACAUUCCAGUAUGUUGCGGUUGUGCUAAUGUUAACAUUUUAUAUGCUUUUUACUAUGUGAUACGCUACUUGAACUGUUUUCUGUUUUUACGUUUUUAAUCCUUGUUAUUACCAUUAAUAUUGUGUUAUAUAUGGAUCAACUGUAAUGUAUAUUUCAUUGUGAAAACAUUUUUACUGUGUUACCUGCUGCUUUUAAAACAUCUUGUUAGAUACAAGUGUGAAGACUACAACCAUUUAAUUUAGUGUGUACCUCUUUAUCUGUAACAUCUAGUUCCAAUUUAGGAAAAACAUUGCGUUGUUAAAAUCAGCACUUUUAUUAAUCAAAUAAUUUGCAAUAUAAGUUUAAAUUUGUAUGCUAAUUAGGGUUGUGUAUGUUUAGAUCUCUGUCAUUGUUGUGUCCAGUAUAUAUUCAUUGUCAAAUUACUUUAUCAUAGCUACGGACUUGAAUGUGUUCAUACAUCAUUCUAUUGAAACAGAGACAUUCUUCAAAUAAAAGUGUUAAAAAUG